AUGCCCUUCCUGUCCUCCAAGCUCCUCCUGCGCACCUACUCCCUGGCCCUCCUCUCCUGCGCCUACUACCUCCUGACCGCGCCCACCCAACUCCUGUCGUCAAGCCCGAUAUGGCUGCUGGGGGAGAGCAUGAGCGUGCGGCCUGCGGGCUACGCGCCGGAAAUGAUGUCCCGUCACGGAGCAGCGGGCGGCGGCGGCAGCAGCAGCAGCAGCACGAAUUUGAAAAGGGGCCUGAUGGCGGGAUCGGGGCUGGCACAGGCACAGGGAGAAGGACCGGCUGAGAGGGAACUCUUCGCGCUGUUGGGGUUGGUGGUGUUGGUGUACGCCGCCACGCAGUUCUUCUUCGCUGGGGAUUUGUCCAUGAUCAAGGGGACGCGGCCAACCGCUGCUGCUGCUGCAUCGUCGUCGUCCUCGAGCAGCGCCGCCCGCCACGGUUUCUCCUCCGCCGCAAAGUCGUCCUCGCGCUACGCCGAAGAGCUGCACACCCUGCUGACCGCCCAGUCCCGCUGGCUCACACUCUCGGCAUUACACGUCCUGGCUUCGUCCACUCUGGUGUUUUGGAUCUACAUGUUCCACUCCCACUCUUCCCCCGAGCCGCAGUCUUCCACAGGUUCUGCUGAAAGCGGGACGUCGCUGCUGUCGGGACUGAAUCUGUUGGCGAACCGGGUGGUCUUUACGGUCGGGCUGGCGGAUAUGCUGUUCUGGGGAUACUUGUGGACGGUUCUGAAGGACGAAGGACGGGAUGUUGCCAAGUUUGUGGCCAUGCGCAGGGAGGCUGAAGACGACGAUGAAUGA